CAUACUUUUCUUUCUUACCAUGCUUUCUUUCAACUUCAUCUUCCUCUCGUCUCUUCCAGUAUAAAUAAUUUUUUCCUCCCAUUUCCAUGAAAUUAACCCAAAAGCAUGGCACUUGAUCCCCACAUAGUUGAAAUCAUUAUCCUCCUUUUCCUGUGUCUUGAUCUAAAUUUCUUAUUCCCCAUGAUCAAAUAUCAUUUGGGAUAUCCUUGCUUUAUAGAACUAACCACAACCUUUACAGUGUGACAUAAAUAUAUAUAAUAUGAAUAUAUAUCUAGUGACACAAUUCAUCCCUUAUUUUGCUUGUUUGCUGGAGAAAAGAAAAUUCUUGGAACUGAAUACAGUCUGCGUUGAUCUUGAGAAAGGAAGAGAGAGAUUUGACAUAUACUCGCAUUGCCGGGAGCUCUUGAGAAUGCAAGUUAUCAAACUGCUGGUAUGCAUCAGUUCUGCAAAUCUCAUUCUUCUUGUUCUACCAAUGUCUGUGGGCUGCUCAUCACCUGAACACUUCAACAAAGCCAGCAAUGGCAAUAACAUCAAGCACAGCAGCCACAAGAUAUCUGAUAUCACAGUUCAUGGACUUCUCUUGUGGGCUUCAAUGGGCUUUCUAAUGCCUCUUGGGAUACUUGCAAUUAGAUUGUCCAACAGAUUGGAAUGCGGGAGAUGGUUCAAACUACUCUUCUAUUUUCAUGCUGCUUUGCAGACUGUGGCAGUGCUUCUUGCAACAGCUGGAGCAGUGCUAUCCCUAAGGAGCUUUGAGAAUUCCUUUAACAACCAGCAUCAAAGAAUAGGCUUAGCUCUUUAUGCAGCCAUUUGUGUGCAGGCCUUUCUUGGAUUUUGCAGGCCAAAGAGAGGGGGCAAGGUUAGAAGUGUAUGGUACUUUGUGCACUGGGGAUUGGGAACAACAACUUGUGUGGUGGGGGCUUUGAACGUUUACACAGGCUUAGAAGCCUACCACAAGAGAACAUCAAGAAGCACCAGACUUUGGAGCAUCCUGUUCACUGCACAAAUCUUCUGCAUCGCCUUCUUAUACCUCUUCCAAGACAAAUGGGAAUAUAUGCAAAAGCAAGGAGUUGUCUCGAGCAAUCAGCGGCCAAUGAUUCCCACCCAUACUCAAACCUCCAACCACGAGGACUUGGUGACUACUGAAGCAGCUAUGAUUAAAACCAACUCCCUUGCCAAUUACUUUGCCAGAAGCAUUGCUCUCAAGAAACUAUUUCAACUCGACAUAAAUGAAAGGUAACUCUUUCGGGUUUUGGUCCUUUUUGCAUAAGUCUUUUGUGAUUUAUUUUUAGUAUAUUGGGUCUCUAUAGUUUGAUUUUUUUUUUUUUCAAGACAACUUGUCUAUUAAGUUAAAAAUAUGUUUUAAGAAAUAAAUUAUCGAGACCUGAAAUACUAAAAAUAAAUUAUAUAAAUGUAUGUGAAAAUGACCCAAACCGUAAGAGGUAGAAGGAAAAUGUACCAACAAAGUAAUAUAUAUUUGCCUUUUUUUCCCACUUAUGUAUAACGCUGCCUUGUAUUCAUAUUUCAUGCCCCGCCUUUCUUUUCUUUUCUUUUGUCUUGCACUAUAGAUACAUAGAGGUCUUCUUUUUUCGGUUGGAUAUGAUAUUAAAUAUUUAUAUAAAGAUACUAACAGAAUAAUGUGUAU